CGCUCUAAAAUCUCCAUCCUCCCUCGAAUCGAUCCCUCUCCUCUCCCUGAGAGGGGUGGUCUGGUGAAGGAGUAAACGAUAUUCUCCAUCUUUUAGAGCAUCUAUGGCUCUCCUUCUAUUACUGAUCUUUGAAAUCUUGCUUCUGUGGCCAAGAUAUGCUAAAAGCGAUUCAAAUGCUGACUCUAAACGAUUGUACGAUGACCUUAUUAACGGUUAUAACUCAUUGAUUCGUCCCGUGGGUAAUAAUUCUGACCGACUGACCGUCAAGAUGGGUCUGAAACUGUCUCAGCUUAUUGAUGUGAAUAUCAAGAAUCAAAUAAUGACGACGAAUGUUUGGGUUGAACAGGAAUGGAAUGAUUAUAAAUUGAGAUGGGAACCUGAGGAAUAUGGAGGUGUGUCCAAACUACAUGUCCCUGCUGAGCAGAUUUGGUUACCAGAUAUCGUUUUAUAUAACAAAUCUCCCGCCAAAUGUGAAUUGCGUUCAGUCAUUCGAUUUCUACAUGCUGUAGGAAGCAACGCAGCUAAAACUCAUAAACGAAUGAGUAAAGCGUACAGAGAAGCGUUCGUGAGUGACAGCAAUGUGCGGAAAUGGUGCAGGAACUUUGAUGCUGGACGCACAGAUGUUCAUGAUGCAGGCGGCCAUGGAAGGAAGUCAGUGUCAACCGAUGAUCUUGUUCAGAGAGUGGAUCAAGCGAUUCGCGGAAAUCGUUGUGUCAAUGAAGAAAUGCUGGAUCUGAUGUUUGAUGUUUCAUAUGAAAUCCGAGCAUUUUCCUCUGAAUUCUGUUUAGGUGGUGUCAAUGAAGAAUUGCUAGGGCUGAUGUUUGAUGCUUCAUAUAGAAUACCAGCAUUUUCCACUUCCGAGUAUUGGUUCAGUGAUGUCAAUGAGGCACUGCAAGGGAUGAUUUACCCAUACUUAUACAUAAUUUCAUGUGUCCUUUUAUUCAGAAUUUUCUUUAAGAUUGAGGAUUCAGAUAUAAGAAAUUCUUUUUUAUUACAGGUGGAUUUAAAACACAAAUACCAAACCGUUGACUCUGACAAGAUACCCAUGGGAAUAGAUCUGAGCGAGUUCUAUCUUAGUGUUGAGUGGGAUAUAAUGGCAGUGCCAGCAGUUCGGACAGAGAAAUUCUACAGUUGCUGUGAAGAACCUUACCCUGAUAUAACCUUUAAUAUCACUUUAAGAAGAAAAACCUUAUUCUACACUGUGAACCUCAUCAUACCUUGUGUCUUCAUCUCUUUUUUGUCCAUCCUCGUCUUUUACCUGCCUUCAGACUCUGGGGAGAAGGUCAGUCUGUCCAUCUCCAUCGUCCUUUCCCUGGGUGUCUUCUUCCUACUGCUCUCGGAAAUCAUUCCACCAACCUCACUCACGGUGCCAUUGCUCGGAAAGUACCUACUUUUCACUAUGAUUCUGGUUUCUUUCUCCGUGUUUGUUACUAUCGCUGUUCUCAAUGUCAACUUCAGGUCACCAUCAACGCACAAAAUGGCGCCCUGGGUAAGACGGGUAUUCAUUGAGAUGUUGCCGAAGCUUCUUUGUAUGCAGAGACCUGACAACAGUGAUCUGGACGAUCCCGGGAAGAGUGACUCCAAUAAUUAUCAUCAUCAACAUCAUCCCCAUUUGGUAGACUUUGCCGAAAAACCAGGUGUUUUAGAUUAUGAAUGUGGAAGUUAUAGUCCUUAUCCAGUCGAUGAGUUACAUGUGGGGCUACAACCGGACAUCAACGGGUCCUUAGAUGGAAUCAAGACAUCUCCAGAUGUUGAAAGGGCCGUGCUUAAUGUCCGGUUCAUUGCCCAGCAUAUGGAGAACCUCGAUAGUUUUUCUGACAUCGAAAGCGAUUGGCAGUAUGUUGCUAUGGUGUUGGAUCGUCUCUUCCUGUGGAUAUUUACGAUAGCGUGUGUGGUUGGAACUGGUUGGAUCAUUCUCUGCGCCCCGGCUCUCUACGACGACAAACAACCCAUCGAUAUUAUGUUUUCUAAGGUGGCACCUCGAAUAAGAAGACUUCUAAGGAGUGAUUAACCGAAUAAAUAAAUAAAAUAAAAAUCAUAUUUCAUCAUCUCUUGAGAAGAGCAAAACGCCAAAUGGCUGCGUCGAAGUUCUUCAACGCAGCCAGUUUUACAUGGGUUCCUAAGAACAGUAAAACGAGGGUUCGUGGAAUGCUUUUGAAAAAAUAAAGAAGUAUUAUACCUUCUUUUUCAUCGCCCUCCAAUUUAAAAAAUUCGGGUAAAUUUCUAAUAUUAACUUCAAUCAUGUGGUCAAUUACAGGAGGUUCAGUUAUCCCAGUGUAUAUUUUUAGAAUCGUUUCAAUAAUUAAAUAAAUAGGGUAGAUACAUUUAAAAUCGUAAAUUAAUAUUUAAAUGGGGGAAAAGCGUUAUCGAAAUCGGAAAAUUGAGAAAAUCGGGAACAAAAAAUGCAAAUUAAUUUGUUUGCCUUAUAAAAAUGAAAGUUUUUACAAACAAUUAUGUUCUACCUUCCUUCAGUUUCUUCCAUGAAUAAAACAACAAACGAUCCUCUUAUUUUUCAAUAAUUAUUCGUCAGAUUAUAAAGUCUUCUUAAAUAUUAAUUUACGACUAUUAUUGUGCACAUUCCGUAUGUCAUUUUUGACAAGACUUUUGUAAAAAUAUAUAUUAAG